AUGCCCGGAACCUGGUUCCUCCCUUCCGAUUUUACCUUCACAACCGAAGGCCCGCUUCGGCUAAGCAUGGUGAUUCCCCACUGGUCUCGACCAACUACCGUCUUUGCGGAAAUGGGCUCUGGCAGCAGCAGUGCCGUCACGUUACCCGCGGUCAAAACCACCGUAGAGCGCAACCGGGCUUUCAACCGCUCCAAGCCGCGCUCCAAUAGCGUCGGGAUGUGGGCCAAGUUCGAAGGGCUCGCCUCAGGGUUGGCCAAUACGGAGACAGGCAAGAGCCGUAUCACAGACUAUAGUACAACGGACCAUAAGAUCCGGACCUUCGUAGAUCCUCUGAUGCCCGAAACAGUAAGCACGAUUGCGAACCUGCCAACGGUACAGAAACGGAUCAAUUCGGGUAUGUUUGGUAAGCGAGCCGUGUACGUAGUGACCGGGCUGCGUAUCGCGACGUCGUCGUUCACUGUCACGGAGGAAGACUCAUCGAAUUUGUCCAUCGAGGUCGAAGGGUCUGGCCCAGCUUCGGGAACGACUCCGGUCGAAGUUGGAGGCAAAAUCAAACAUGAGAGCGGGAAGACGGCAAUGAAUUCUUACGAUACAGCCCCAGGGAUCGUGUUUGCUUAUCAAAUUCAUGUCAUACGAACCCGUCGUGCCGGGGUGGAAACAGAGCUCUUUUCUCACACAAGCGGCUUCUUGACUGGUGAAGGAGGACAGAAAGAAGACCCACUGGUGGUUGUGGACGCCACCAAGGAGGAGAUCGACGAGGAUUUGGAAGAAGAGAUUGAUUACGAGAGUGCCCAAAUUGGAGAAGAUGAGACUUGUAUUUAUCUCCUCCCGAAAGCAUGA